GAUUUCAUUGAUCUGCCCAGAGAAAGUUGUUUAGAACACUCCAUGGAAUGGUAUCUGAGAGAGAACUGAAGAACGUAAUUGAACGAACCGAAAAAAACAUUGGCUUUUCCAAAAAAAUUGCUCUCGACAGCGAGUUAGGAGCUUGCCAAACUCAGGAGAACUAUGCUACCGCGGAGUUGAAUGAAGAGCAACUUGUCGACGCACAACAGACGACUGAAGAGAUUUUGGUGGAAAGUUCAACAUGGCGUGAAAUGGAAGCACAUCUAGUGGAAGGAAUAGAAAUAAGUCACUUGGUUUUUCUUUAUACUAAAGUACCUGUAGUAAACUGUGACUUUAUUCCCUUUGCAGUUAUAAGAGUUGGUGGUAGCCAAAGCUUUCCAGCGGAAACUUUAGAGAAUAAAUUUCGUGGACGGUACAAAGUUCAAUAUCGAUGGUUUCGACAAUGUUGGAAAUAUGAGUGUUCAGUUCCAACUUGUUUUCAGCCUGCUACUUUCCAGUUUUCUCCCAAGCUUAUCGACUCGUCAAACUGGGAAGAACCUGAUAUAAACUUCGAAGACAGUUCUGAGCGUUGCUUCAGUUUUUGUUCUAAGAAGUGUCUCCAGAAAUUCUGGCAACAUUUGAGAAGCAGUUUGAACUAUCUUUCAAAUAUGGAAUCCUUUUGCAACAAAAACUAUUCUGAUGAGAGGUUACAGACGAAGGAGCUCUAUGACAGAUUCCUAAUGGAGGAUACAAUAGUUUUAACCAACCAAAUAGAAAAUAAACCAGUCGGCUGGUUACGGAAAUACAUUCCUACAUUGGAAGACUUGGGACAUUGUCUUAGACUACAGUGCUAUUGUGAACGGAUAUCAGAUGAAGGCCUCGUAAUUUCAGUUGCUUCUAAAUCCAUAGAUAGCAACCCGGUUAUUAAGCCUAACAGUGUUGGACGCCAACGUGCCUUCAUUUCUUAUCCAGAUGGAGAAUUCGUGUCUUUAAAAGAGAGCCGAAAGGAACAUACUUUUCGUGUAUUAACUUACAAUUGUCUUGCAGAAAUAUAUACAUCAGAAUCAUUGUAUACUAAUUGUCCUGACUGGGCGUUGUCUUGGACUUAUCGUCGACAUAACUUAUUGCGUGAAAUACUCGCUUAUGAUGCGGAUAUAAUGUGCCUGCAAGAAAUACAAGCAGACCACUAUGAAGCUCAUUUGAAACCAGCCUUUAUUCGUAAUGGAUACGAUGGAGUCUACAAGGUUAAAUCGCGUGAGGCUAUGGGCCAAAGGGGCAAGAUGGAUGGCUGUGCAACUUUAUGGAAAAGAGACUUGUUUCAGCUAAGAGAGCAGUUCGCAAUUGACUUUAACUCUGCUGCAUGUAUGAGAUACUUUUCCAAUCCUCUCGCCUUGAAUCGUCUAAUGAAAGGAAACAUUGCGUUGGUUACCAUUUUAGACUUUUUAGAUGGAGGUGGAUCUCUGUGCAUUGUCAAUAUCCAUAUUUACUGGGACCCUGAACAAACAGAUGUGAAGUUGUUUCAAGUGAACGUUCUUAUGGAAGAGUUGGAAGCAUAUUUAUCCCAAAUCGAGCCGUAUACGCCUCUUAUCAUAGGUGGGGAUUUUAAUAGCACACCAGAUAGCACAAUAUAUGAAUUAAUGUCUACGGGGACUGUCUCUGGAGAAAGAGAAGAUAUUCAAAGAGAUCCACUAGGUCUGAUUGCGCAAAUGCGGCUUCAUCAUGAGCUAAACUUACAAAGCGCGUAUUCAGUGUGCGGGAAUGAACCAAAGUAUACGAAUUACACGGAUAACUUUGUUGGAGUACUUGACUAUAUAUGGUACACUCCCUUGCAGUUAUCUGUUACGGCUCUGUUAGAGGUUCCUUCAGAAGCAGACAUCGUGUCACCUACAGAGCCAAGUCUUCCAAACCAUUUCUGGUCCUCCGAUCACAUUGCUUUAAUGACCGAGUUCCGUCGAAUUAUUAAAGAGUAGACGAGCCAAUUGUUUGGUUUAAAAUCAGUAAUUAUAAAAGCUGGAGUAAAUGCGUCCAGGGAUGAACACUUGUAAGGCAAUUCCUUAGUAGGAAAUUCUAAAUGAUCAAAGUUUUGCUCCGAGUCAGUGUCAUCAGUUUCAAGGAGUAGACAGUAGUAGAGUGUCUUUUGCCUGGCAAUACCCUGUUAAAGAUUUCCACUUUUAUAACUGUCGAUAAAGCAUGUUACAGUUUGGAUGGUUUUAAUACCAGUUGACGUUCGCUUUGUUGUAUUAUCUUGAGAAACACUGAAACUUGUUAUUCUGUUAGAAACAUAAAUUGCCUCCUAAGAACCAACCGUUUGCCUUGUGAACUCAAGUGAAUAUGUCCUUUCUUUAGAACAACUCUUUGAAUUUCUGUUCUACAAAAACAAAGGUAGGUCAAAUAACUUUUUAAUAGCAAUACACAGAGAAACGCUUUGAAAAUUGAAAGGACACAUUCUGUAAAAUUUGUGACCCG